AUGACCAAGAAGAGGAGCUGGAGGAAUGAUGAAACUGUGGUAUUAACUGAAGAAUGUAGUGCUAUCAUCCAACACAAGCUGCCUCAAAAAUUGAAAGACCCAGGAAGCUUCCAAAUUCCUUGUAUAAUAGGGGAAAUAACAUUUGAAAAAGCCUUACGUGACUUGGGAGCCAAUAUAAAUUUGAUGUCCUUAACUAUGAUGAAAAGAAUGAAGAUUGAGGAAGCCAAACCAACAAGAAUGGCCCUCCAAUUGGCAGAUCGGUCAUUCAAAUUUCCUCAUGGAAUAGUAGAAGACUUGUUAGUGAAAGUAGGAGACUUCAUCUUCCCUGCUGACUUUGUGGUAUUAGAUAUGGAGGAAGAAGCUAAGGCUUCAAUAAUUUUGGGGAGGCCGUUUUUAGCUACUGCUGGAGCCAUCAUUGAUGUCCAAAAGGGUGAACUUACCCUUAGGCUACAUGAUGAGAGAAUGGUAUUCAAUGUAUUCAAGGCCAUGAGCUAUCCACCAGAGUCACUAGGAGAGUGUAUGAGGCUAGAUGCAGUGGAAACUGUGAUGCAAGAAACCUUUGAAGAAGUACUUGAAGGAUUUACAGAGGGUGAUUCCAUGUUAAACGUUGAGGUUGCUGAUGACAAUUCAGCUGAAGUGUCUAUUCCAAGCACAUCAAAGGAAAGGAAAAAGGAGAAAGAAGCACCCAAACUGGAGCUGAAAGCACUGCCUCCUACUCUUAAGUAUGCAUACUUGGGAAGAAAAGGCAUAGAAGUAGACAAAGCUAAGGUGGAAUUAAUUGAGAAAUUACCUCCACCUAGCAAUGUCAAGGAAUUUAACAUUGAGAUUAAAGAUAAGAAGGGAGUGGAGAACAAAGUAGCAGAUCAUUUGUCCAGAAUUCCCUGUGAAGAAGGUAGCACCCACAAAUCAAGUGUCAAUGAAUUCUUCCUUGAUGAGUAA